UAGAUCUCCCUUUAUGCGCAUCUUCUAGUGACACUGUAGCAAAAUUACAUUGGGAACCACUUAAAUGCGCAGAAGAGCCGUGCACCGCACUAUUUUUUGCUUAUAAAUCAAUAUCUUUUCUCAUGUCUCUAAAUUAAGUUUUAAUCGCGAUUUGCAUUAUUAUAAUACCCGAUCAAGGAAUAAUGUUAUGAAAACCACAGCCAAAUGAAGGUGGGGCCAUUGGACCAGUAACACCUUUGCUGCAAAUGAGUGGAAUUUCCUUGAUCUGUCACUUAGGGAAGCCGCCUCUUUACCCAGUUUUAAAGGAAACCCUUCCACAGUGACUCUAAAAGUACCUGUUAAUAAGUAACUCCUUACUACCCACUUGUAUGUCAGUAAAUGUAUGAUUUUAGACUUCUAGUUUUAUAUUUAUUUACGUACAUCGCACUGUUUAGAACUUUUAUCAUUUUUUAAACUUUUAUCAUGUAAAUUUUUAAACUUUAAGCUUCAACAUAAUUGUUUCAGUUAGUGAUUUUAGUCAAAGAGGACCCUGUAAGUCACUGGUUUAAGUGAAGCAGGCAUCCUCAAUAAACAUCGUCAUCCACUCAAGCAAAGAAUUGUGGAUUUCGUUUUCAACGUCAUCAUUUAUGGAUCAUCAGUGGCAGUAAGUCACUUCUUAAGGCCUUUGUUUCUACAAUAGCGUUCGUGGUUUUAAACAGAGCCUCAAAAAAGCAGUUGCAUACUUUCAGCCUUUACAAACGAAAGAUAAUGUCCAUUGGGAUUUCUUAACAUUUUGGUAUAGUGAGGAGGGAUAAGUAACCGAAAAACCCUCCUUGUUAAUUUUCAGGAACUUAUUGGGUUUCCCAGGUGGGACAGAUCUUUUAGGAGAGGAGAGAGGAAGCGGCACCACCGUAUGGGAGACAGUUUUGGCGACACAUGGUCAGUAUCCUCCUGUAAACCAGUGUCUCCAAGAUGUUGCAAAGUCUGAAAAAAGAAGCGGUGAUUGUUGUCCUUAAAAAAUUCCGCAAUAAAUGUUUAUUUUUACAAAACUUUCAACAACUGUUUCAGAAUGCUCCAGAGCUGAUGAAUCUGACGAUUUCGAAUGUCUAAAAAAAGUGUAUAACAAGCAUGUAAAACACAGAAUACACAUUUUUGGAAUAACCAGAAUGUAAUGGUAAUUUGAGACCAAGUGUACGUCAUGUCCAUUUGCAAUUGCCUCUUACAAUAAAAGAAAAGCUUCAUGUAACAGAGAAACUCAACUUUGCAGGCAUGUACAAAGGAUUUUUUAGGGGGGUGCUAUUCAACAAGGAGACAGACCAAACGAGGCCGGAGGUGCAACUCUCUAGGGGUAAAAUUGAAUUGUCAGAGAUUACAUUAAGAAUAUGGAUAUUUUUCAAUUUUUUGUUUGAACUUCCAUCUGAUUCCUUAAGCUUUUUUCAGUUUUUUUUGCAACGACUACGUACGUUUACAAUUUUUGAGAAUGGAAGAUGUCAAUGUCACUAAAAAGAAAGAAAGAACAAUUUCAUAUCUUGGCAUAGUACAAUUGUAAUUAAUUAGAACUUGUCAUGGAAUGAUCACAUUGAACACAUUUGCAGGAAGAUUAAUAGGAAUCUGGGUCUCCCGAGACCGAUUAAAGCUUAUUUAACUCGUAGGGCUAGGUUGACCUUUUUCACUGGCUUUGGUUUACCACAUUUUGAUUAUCGAAACAUCAUCGGGGGUGACCAUGGAAAGUCAACAUUAGCAAGUGCUUUAGAAUGAAGCUGCCCAUAUUAUUUGAGAUCUCCCCCUACGCACAUCUUCUAAUGACACUGUAGCAAAAUUACAUUGGGAACCACUAAUGCACAGAAGAACCGUGCACCGCCCUGUUUUUUGUUUAUAAAUCAAUAUAAUCUUUCUUCUUGUUAUGAGGUAGUUGCCUUUAGUUUUGUUCUUCAGUUUUGCUGUUUUUUAAGAUUUUGCUAGCUUCGUGAUAAACAGUUUAUAGACUUUUAUAGACUUAGAGAUUCAAUGUAUUUCCCCACAUGUUUAGUUCCUGAGUUUUUGUCUAGUAUUAUCCAUUUGAAGUGUUUGUUAAACUUAGUUUUGGUUCUUUGAAGUAGGCUUGUUUGGGGAGUACUGCUGACCUUCAGUUUUAUCCACAAUUGAGUCCCUGUUUUGCAUGUUGUGUCCUUCUGGGCGGUUUCACUGUUAGCAUUUAACUGGUUCUUUGGUACUUGUCGAUUGCGGCUGUGUAGGUUUAUCUAACUAUAGCAAACCUGUUGCGAUAUAGGCGAUAAGGUAUUCAAUACAAACUCUUCCGGUCAGCUAACUUAAAGUAAGUCUACAAUUUGGUUAUUUUAUUCGCUGUGUAAGCUAGUAGAGUAGUAGAGUUGUUGUCAGUAGCUGCAUUCAGUGGUAUCCAAAGUCAGAUGAUCUCACUCCAGUGGACUUGCAUCACGAAUCCCUGACCAUCCAACCACCUAUUAAGAUUAACCGUUUGCUGAUUGAUAAUUUUAUGAGUUGUUUCAGUGUUACGAUGCCCAGCUUAGUUGUACUUUGCAGAAGGCAGACAGUUUUAUUGAUCAGAUAGAAGAAACUACUAUUUCCAAUUAUGUUGAGUACAUUGCUUUCAUUGCACUAGGUCUUUCAGUGACCAAUUGCAUCGUCUUUCGUAUUGUUUGCCGAUGCAUCUUCAGGAUAUUUGGACAUCGAGCUGCACAUACACCUCCUCCUCCCUUGCAAGCACCCGCUUCUAACAACCUCCAGCGCAAGGUAUGUGGCCAUUGUUCCAAACCCGUAAAGAACAAUCGUCGUAAAAACGAUGCAAGUAAACAGUGUUGUGACCCACAACGAUUUGGAGCAAAGGAGCAGUAG